AUGUUUGAUCCAUCAACUUAUUGGAAAGAAUCAAUAAUAACAUCUCAAGAAAAAGACAAUGUUAAUAAAAAUUUUAUUGAAAAUAUUAUUAAAUCACCGAAUUCAACGUUAUUAACAAAAAUUUCCAUGUUAUCAUCAAGACAACAAUCUGAUUUCAUGUCAAAACUUAUUAAUUUUUGGCCUAUAGAUAUAGAAAGAAGAGCCUACAAUUAUUCAACUUUUCCAAUAGUAGCUGGAUCUAUUGUAACAUCAACAAUAAUUAGUACUAAAAUAAAUUCAAAUUUUUAUAUGUUACCUGAAAAACUUAAAUUUCAAACGGCACUUUCUCUUUGUCCUAAGAGGCCUCUUGUUUUAGCUAUAUAUGUUUCUUCUCUCACAACAUUUGGAUUUGAUUUUUUGUUUGUUAAGAAAGAACUUCUCCAAUUAAAAGAACAAUGUUCAUCGUGUAUCUUGACAAAAUGUAUUGCUGGUGGAAUACUAUCUGGUGUUGUUCUUCCUAUACUUUCUUUACCAUAUUUAUCAUAUUAUUUUUUAUCUUUUAAUAAUGCUAUGAAACUUCCUGAUCCAAAAAAUUUUACUGCAUUUAUGUCAAUAUCACUUGAAGGAAUCAAAAUAUCUUUAUGGGGAAGAAAUAGAAUUUUUAAUACCAUAGAAAUGGAUAAUGAUUUUUUGAAUAAUUUUUAUGGUGAAAUUGAAAAUAAGCAAACAUUUACUGAAAAAAUUAUUAAAUUUUUAAGAAAAGCAUCUUUCAUUGAUGAAAUUAUGAUUGCGGAAGAAAAAAAAACAAAAAGAAAUAUAUAA